UUGACCUUUGACCCUGGCCCUUCAUGAAUCCGAUUGGUGCCCUUUGACAACGAUUCUGUCAUCAGUGUCAGUGAUGACACUUCCAUCGUACGGGGUUUUGAUCGUGUGGCAACAGAAGAAACUUCCACACCCUGAGGUGGGUGUCGUAACAACUCCUGCCGUGCAGCUGAGACACGCUAGAGCACCGAAUCCAGCCCAGCUCGCUGACUAAAGGCUUCAGGGCGGAGGAAGAUCGUCUCUGUUGUACAGCUGAAGGCGUUGGUGUGAUGGCCGGGUCAAAGGGAAGCUGUUGGUGUGAUGUUUUUGGUGCAGGAUGCACCAUCAUCUUUGUGACGGCGUUCCCGGUUGUCCAGAUCACGCUGGGAGCGGUUUACCUGUAUGAGUGUCCAGUAGCACCAGUCCUCCCAGUGUAUGUGAUGGUGUUUGGAACCAGUGCUCUGCUGAUGACGGCCAUGUUGGCGAUGCCGAGGCUCCUCUGUCCAAAAGCACCACGCCCCACCUUCUGGACCCUGCUGCUCGUCACGCUGCUCCUCUUGUUCUUCAUCUGGUUCCUCGUUGGCAGCUACCAGAUUUAUUCCAUAUAUCCACCCAACUACCACAAGAACAACAUCACCGAUUCCAACAGCUCCAUCAGCGGGAUCCACUCUUCUUCGGACACCAAACUCAACCUUGCCUCGAAGAGCCCGAGGCUUCUGAGGCUGAACCAAACCCAGACCAGCGGCUGGACUUCAGCGCUCAGCAGCACGAGCCCCAGCGGCGAGCUGUCAGACCUCCAGCACUGCAACAGAACUUUGUACCUGUUUGCUUUCUGGACCAACACGCUCUUCUGUGUGAUGGCAGGAGCCGCCGCGCUGGUGAUGAGCUGCUUGUACUGUUUCAUGAAAUGCACGGAUGUCUUCGUGCAGCAUCUCUCCACCUGAAUCUACGUUUAAAAGACAAACAGCAUAAUAGAGCUGCAGCGUGGCAACACCUCCAGUAACAGAACACGACCGCGACGACCAGAACAACUUUAAUCCGCCUUGAAAGAUUUUUGACUCACAUUAAAUAUAAAAAGAUGUUUUAAGCUGCACUGAGUGACUCAGUUAAGCUGUAGAGGGAAACUUUUGAAUUUUUUUGACUCUAAAUAGAGAAGUAGGAACAGCGCUGUCUGAAAGUGUUUGUGCUGCAGCUUCGAGCGAAGCAAAGAGAACCAACAAGAUGUGUCUUUCUUACUUUUAUAUGCAGCUGCAUCCGUUGUUUGGUAUUUGGGAGAUAUUUAAUGAGUAAAAUGAACACGUUUUCCACUAAAAUGUAAUUAAAGACCUUCUUUUAAUAAAA